CACAAUUCAUUUGCACCGCGAAGCGCGCCGCACGUAUGCGCGAGUUCAACGCAGCCUAUAAGUGUUUUACGUAAAUAAAUAUUUUCUGUGUUAAUUUGGAUUUUAUUAAUUUAAAUAUGGAGUACGCAUUUUGGCCUCGGAUGAUUAUAUUGUGUGUUAUCCCGAUCAUCGUAACUCCAAUCACAAUAUCCCCAAAUGGAAACAGUCCAGAAAUCAAAAUGGUCGGAGGAGCAAGAGUCGAUUUACAAAAAGGCUUUGUCCCUUCCAGAACAGAAAACGAAGGAAAUAAUGUAAGAAAAAAUAUUGUGAAAAAUAAAAAUACGAGAAUGAAUUCAACUAAAUUAGCUAUAAAUGAAAGAUACAGACGAUUAAUACCGUAUAUGACGUUUUAUUACGCCAACGAUCUAGUGGCACCAACAACAGAGGCCUACAACAAAAAGAACGUUGAAGUAGAGAAGGCACAAAUAGUAGAAGCAGGUGCACUACAACCCCAACAACAUGGUCAGAAAGUGGUAUAUUCUACAAACCGUCAUCAGAAUAUACCAAGAUAUCAAGGAAAUCGUUUAACUCAUUUCAACAUUGCCUCAGCAAAUCCUACAAAAAUAUUUUACAAUAAAGAUGGUUAUCCUAUAGUUGUACAAAAUAUACCGAAAGUAACAACUCAUUAUAAUCCAUUAAUAUAUAAAUUAGAUCAUCAUGUUGCUGAACACGAUCCUAGAAGAUACGUUGUAAAAGAACCUAAAAUUCCCAAUGUACAAUACACUUCAGCCAGAAAACCCUAUCUAAAUGUCCAUCAUAGCGAAGAAAAUGCUCAGUAUUACUUUCCUGAAAGAGAUGAUAUAAAAUACAAACUUGUGCCGUACGAUCAAACCCCGCCUAUAAAAAAUUCGCCUCAAAUAGAAUAUGAGAAUGCACCUAAGAAAUUUUAUAACAUUCCAUCAGCAGAUCCAAACGAUUCGGUUUAUAUUAAACCGAGACCUCAUCCGCAAUACCAUUUUGAUGAAUUAAAAACGGAACAUAGUAAAAAUAGAAAACCACCUGCGACUAUUUCAGAAGUUUAUUACGAAAAACAGAAUCUUUCGCCAAUAUCUGAACCCGUGAUUGAAACAGGUUUUAAGCCUAUUAUAAGUCAAACAACAGAAACACCUAAUCCCCUAUCAUACACACAAACGUUAUCGGCUUCAGACCUUAAUAACUAUGAUGUUGAAAAACCUCAAGAACUACAAAUUGAAAGCGGUCCUCCAGCCUUAGAAGAUAAUGAUAAAUCCCAGUAUGAACAAUACGUCGUCGAACAACCCACAUACAAACCGCAACCCGAAACUGGUAAUGCUAUAACUCUAGCAGAUCUUUUGAACUCGUUACAGUUAAAUAAAUCUAUUCCAAAACCAAUUACAAAAGAAAAUGUAGGUUCAUCUAUACGAAUUUUGUUACAAGCUUUGAACGAUUUGAAGGGAAAACUUCAACAAAGUGAAGUAGAUCCUCCAGUUCUUAGUUCACCUACGCCAUUUGAAGCACCGAAACCAUCAGUUACUACUGUUAAACCUAUAUUACAAACUACUACUGGACCUGCCAUUGAAGAAGCUGGUUUAAGCGACGAAGCUUAUUUAGCAGAAGUUGAAAAUCCCUCACAACAUUUAGACGAUUAUAGUAGCACCAGUCAACGAUUCCCUCUACCAAUAACAUCAGACGAAGAAGGUGGUACGCCCGGACACCCUGGAAUCGAUUAUCCUAUUCUGACAGUGAUACCACAAACAAAAUUCGAUUGCAAGACUCAACGCUACAAGGGAUUUUUUGCUGAUCCAGAAACAAGAUGUCAGGUAUGGCACUACUGCGAUUUAAAUGGUGGACAAGCCUCAUUUUUGUGUCCAAAUGGAACUAUAUUUUCUCAAGCGGCCCUUACCUGCGAUUGGUGGUUCAACGUCAAAUGUUCUUCAACAGCACAGCUCUAUGUACUUAAUGAAAGCUUGUACAAGUAUAUUUUACCACAUUCACCAAAGUUCCCUGAAGAUUAUAGCGGACCAUUAGUUGACAAAUAUUUAACAUUGAAGUUUAAAGAAAUGGAGGAAGAAUUUAAAAAGAACAAAAACAAGAAUAAGCAGAGUGCUGAAGACAAAAUAGACAGUGACGAAGAUGAAGAUUCUAAAGAAGAUGAAAAGGAUGAAGUCUCCGAAAGAUCAGAUGAGAAAGAAGAUGACAGAACAAAUAAACAAUCAAAUAAAGUAAGCGAAUCCAGCGUUAUUGUAGCAACAUCAGGUGCCAGCGGGAAUGUCCAAAGGUUAGAAGACUAGAUUAAACAAUUGUCGAACAGCAAAUUGCAAGGAUUCAUUAGAUCUGCCAUAUCGUUAACAUCAAUGUACCUAACGAGGCAAGUAAACUGUGAUAGUUUAAUUUCUUUAGUAAGAUUUUCUUCGUUACUAGUAUAUUUAAUAAUUAUUUAAAGUUUUUUUUUAAUAUAAACUUUGUAACCAACACAAAGUUCUCGAGAUUAUCUUCAAAUCUUACUAAUAUUAUUAUAUAUAAUAAACGAAAGCUUUUGGUAGUUUGUUAUUAAUAUUACGUUAUUUGCAUGUAAACUGCAAUACAGUGGUGUGAUUUGCACCAACUGCAAAUGCGUUCCGUUAGGCCACCGUUCCGCUGCCAUGACUGCAAGUUAUUUUAUUGCUACAACCACGCAAAUUAACAUUGAAACCUUCAUAAAUUUCGCUAAUUAGAAGGACUAAGAAUAAAGAUUUCUUUGUUUUUGACCAGCUUUUAUUUUUAUUUUUUUGUAUAAUAACAUAACUUGCUUAGUCUAUUUAUGUAUCUUCACGGUUUUCGUCUCUCACCAAAUAAGGUAUAAGCCAGCGUAUUAAUCAAAUUUCCUUUCAAUAGUUAAUGAAUAUUGUUGGAAAAUAUGGCCAUGCUCUAUUGUUUUAGUGGUUACCUUUCUCUCAUUUAGGAGGUUAGUAAAACCCAAAUAUUGAGUAAGAGAAAUUCGGUAGUUGUUAAAAUUGACACGUGCCAUUUAAGUCUCUAAGCGAUGUUUUGAAGCGGUGUUAUUUUAAAUAUUUUGAUUUUUUUGGAUACCAGUUUAUUAGUACGAGUCAUCAGUUAAACUUACAGUUCGUUUCUCUUUUUUAUAUUGAAUAACUGGAGAUAACUUGAAACCGUAUGGCGUCAUUGUGUGAUGAUUUAUUAUAGGCAUAAAGGGGCGAUGUUUAACAAUUAACAUGAAAAAUUAGAGUAGCGAAACUACAAAGUGAAGGCAAAACAAAUGAGGUCUAUCAAGUAUUUAUAGCUCUUGGUUAAGUUAUUUAUAAGCAAAUUAAGAAUACCAUGUUAUUAUUUAGAGUUACCAUUAUUGGCGCGUAUAAUUUGUACAGUUUUUAUUAAGUAGCAUAGGUUAUAGAUAUAUAAUACACAAUAUUGUUACAUUUAACUGAUAAUUUUUUUUAUUGAUUUCUGAAUAUCCUGUUAAUUUUUUUACAACAAAAGCGUUUAUAUCUAAAAAUGAAUCAUCCAGUAAAAAUAA